AUUGGCUGGUAGGGCCGUCAGUCAUUCUAUUCCGACACCUCCCUUGCGCUCCAGGGACAAACUGGUGUUACCUGGUCCCGGGCAGAGGAGUUCCUUACCCACCCCAGUUCUGGUUCUGACGCCCUAGUUCCCGCAAAUUUAGGGUUUGGGUCUCGGCUUGUUCCCUUCCCGCUAGAAGCAACUCUUCUCUGAGCCAAGCCAGCUACCUGGGCUCCUGGAAUUGCCACCCCUCCGUGGGCACCCUUGAGGCCUCCGUGGAGGUACGUCACCGGGCAGAGCGGGACGUGAGCCUGCGUUUGCUGCAGGUGUGCUCUGUGUGGUGACUGGGUUCUGCCAAUCCCCGUGCCCACUGGGUGGGUGCGGCCGGGAAGUUCCUGCCCCUCCCUGCUGGUCGGCGUCACGCGUGACGUCCCGCGUGAUGGCUGGGAGGGCCCGGCGGCGACAGCGGAGGCAGAGAGGAAGGCGGUUCUGAGAGCUUCAGGGAGCCCUGGAAAGCAAAAUGGGUGAAUUGCCUUUAGACAUCAACAUCCAGGAACCUCGCUGGGACCAAAGUACUUUCCUGGGCAGAGCCCGGCACUUUUUCACUGUUACUGAUCCUCGAAAUCUGCUGCUGUCCGCGGCACAGCUGGAAACUUCUCGGAACAUUGUGCAGAACUACAGGGCUGGCGUUGUGACCCCAGGGAUCACCGAGGACCAGCUGUGGAGGGCCAAGUAUGUGUAUGACUCUGCCUUCCAUCCAGACACAGGGGAGAAGGUGGUCCUGAUUGGCCGCAUGUCAGCCCAGGUGCCCAUGAACAUGACCAUCACCGGCUGCAUGCUCACCUUCUACAGGAAGACCCCAACUGUGGUGUUCUGGCAGUGGGUGAAUCAGUCCUUCAAUGCCAUUGUGAACUAUUCCAACCGCAGUGGCGACACUCCCAUCACCGUGAGGCAGCUGGGGACAGCCUAUGUGAGUGCCACCACUGGAGCUGUGGCCACGGCCCUGGGACUCAAAUCCCUCACCAAGCACCUGCCCCCUUUGGUCGGCAGAUUUGUGCCCUUUGCAGCGGUGGCAGCUGCCAACUGCAUCAACAUCCCCCUGAUGAGGCAGAGAGAGCUGCAGGUGGGCAUCCCGGUGGCUGAUGAGGCAGGUCAGAGGCUUGGCUACUCGGUGACCGCAGCCAAGCAGGGAAUCUUUCAGGUGGUGAUUUCAAGAAUCUGCAUGGCGAUUCCUGCCAUGGCCAUCCCCCCACUGAUCAUGGACACUCUGGAGAAGAAAGACUUCCUGAAGGUUGGUCGUCCCCGUGGCCAGAGCAAACUGAGAAGAGCGCCGAGGAAGAGACGUGCUUGGAAAGGGUCAGAUUCAUGCCACUGGGAUGGGAAGAGCGCCGCCCUUGGCUGGGGGCGCCCCUGCAGGUGGCACUGGUGGGCUUCUGCCUGGUGUUUGCGACCCCCCUGUGCUGUGCCCUGUUCCCCCAGAAGAGCUCCAUAAACGUAAGCAAGCUGGAACCAGAGCUGAGAGCUCAGAUCCAUGAGCAAAACCCCAGCGUAGAAGUGGUCUACUACAACAAGGGGCUUUGAGGAGGGUCAGCCUCUGUCCCCUCCCUCACUUCCUUGGGGCUGCUGCUUUAGUGGAGUCAUGUCACCCCUGCCACUUGCCUAUCUGCCUAGCACUGGGUAGGGGCCUUGGUGGGCAGAUGGCCAUUGAGGGUAGCAACCUAUUAGGGUGGGGGAGGUACCACCAUAAGGCUUUUCCUCCACUCUCUGGUUUCAAAGAGCAGAACACAUAACCCCUCCCUCCUGUGCUUGAGUGUCCACGCAUAUACAUACAUGAUACAUAUGUGUAUUUGUACAUUGGGUCCUGAAAGCUAGGAGUAGGCAUGCUAGCCUAGUAUGUUCUGACAUCUGGCUUCCCUUCUCAGCCUCAUGUCUACCUGCCUGCCAGCCAGGCUACAGGUGGGACUUCCUUCUCUAAACUGUUAUACCAGCCAAGUUAUUUUUGAUGGCACCUCAUCCCUUCUAGACAUAGGAGGAGCCCCAGGAUCUCAGGACAGAGACUUACAGACACUAGUAGGCCAAAGUGGGCUGAAUCCUUCAGGUUUCUGAUAUCUAGCUCCCCAGGCUGACUGAGCUGGCAGAGGAGAACAUGUUCGGACAAGGGAGGCAGGGGACUUAUGCAUCCCUCAGUGCCAUCCCCUGUAUUCUGGAAUAGCUCCGUGUCACCUCCUCCUCUCUACCAGACGAAGGAGCGCCUGUGUCCUGUACUGCCCUCGCUGUCUCCCCAGCACCCUACUUGGCAGCGUGGGCAUCUUCAGGCACAGUCUUAGGAGUUCCUGGUGUGCUCCGACAUCAUGACCUCCAAUCUAAAUCCUGCAAUCCCAACUCCCUUUCCCAAACAAAAAGCCACAGAGGCAGAGCAAGCAUUCCCCUUUAAGAGCUCCCACUGCACCCCCUCCCAAGGGACACAGCUGUAGGAAUGGUGCUUAAACUCCACAGGUUUCAGAGAGGGUGUAACUAAGACAUCCUCAAGGGCAGCUAGGCCCCGAAUGUACAAUGUUUAGACAGGGAAUUUUGUGUUCCAUUGACUAUUUUUUUUUUUUUUUUUGAUGGAGGUUCACUAUUUUGCCCAGGCUGGAGUGCAAUGGUACGAUCUUGGCUCACUGCAAGCCCCGCCUCCUGGGUUCAAGUGAUUCUCCUGCCUCAGUCUCCCAAGUACCUGGGAUUACAGGUGUGUGCCACCACAUCUUGCUAGUUUUGUAUUUUUAGCAGAGACAGGGUUUCACCAUGUUGGUCAGGCUAGUCUCAAACUCCUGACCUCAGGUGAUCCACCUGCCUUGGCCUCCCAAAGCGCUGGGAUUACAGGCAUGAGCCACCGCGCCCAACCUGUUCCACUGACAUUUCUUAGACAUUCAGCAAAACCCCCACCUUAACCUCUUUUCUUUCUUGAGGGUUGGUCCUGUCCCUACCUUUACCCUCCCACCCCCUGGAAGAGGAAGGGCCCGAGCAUCAAUGGCUAGUCCAAAUAAAAUAUGGGCUUGGGGAUGGAAUGGGUGGUGGCAUGUUCACAGAGGGUAGUUAGAUCCCAACUCCCAUGACCUCUGGCUUCAGUGGUGGGUGGGGCAGGGCAGAUAAAAGGGCUUCAGUGGGAACCUCUGAGAGCAUUUGUUCCCAAAAGGGGAACUCUGAGAGUGAGAACUGAUGCAGUUCCCCCCAUCAACCGCCCCCAGUGAUAACAUCUAUGAAGUCAGCCAUUACUAAAUAAACUGCAAACUUGUGUA